CACAUGUACACUGAUCAUCGGGGCAUGAUAAUCAUUGUAUCCCCAUCAGUGCCACCUGUCAGUGUCCAUCAAUGCCACAUGUCAGUGCCCAUCAGUGCCACAUCAAUGUCACAUAUCAGUGCCUACCAGUGCACAUCAAUUCCACAUAUCAGUGCCCAUCUGAGCUGCCUUUCAGUGCCAGCCAGCCAGUGCCGCCUAUCAGUGCCCAUCUGUGCCACCUAUCAGUGCUGCCAAUCAGUGUCACCUAUCAUCAGUGCUGCCUAACAGUAUCAGUCAGUGCUGCCUAUCAGUGCCAUAUCAGUGCUGACUUUCAGUGCCCAUCAGUGAUGCCUGUCAAUGCCCAUCAAUGCCAUCUACCAGUGCCUCCUCAUCAGUGCAGCCUAUCAAUGCAGCCUAUCAGUGCCCAUCACUGCAGCUCAUUAGCGCACAUCAGUGAAGGAGAAAAAUUAAUUAUUUACAACAUUUUAUAA